GGGGGCAGACCCCGCAGCCGCCCGGCCGGCGUCCGGCCUUCCCAACACCCGGCCCGGGGCUGGAGCUGCAGGGCUGGCCAGAGGCGCCCGCGGCCGCUCCCUCUCCUCCCACCCCACCCCGAGGAGCAGCGCGCGGCAGGGCGGCUCGGUGCCCGGCGGGCGGGCGGCCCGUCUGCGCGGCCCGGGCGGGCCUGCGGUCGGGAUGAGGACGGCGCCUCUGCAGCUGAGCGCUGGAGCGGCGGGGCCGGGAGCUCGUUGGCGGCCGCCGGCGUGGCGCGCGGAGCGGGCCUCGGAGAGGAGCCAAGAAAUUCUCAUUCCUCAGGAAGUUGUGCGGCGUCCCAGCUGAGGGGCCCCUGACUCCCCAGGCUCCACUCAGGACCAUGAGCACAGGCUUCCCUGGGACCCUCCGAGGGCUGAGAAUGGCCAUCCAGCCCACUCCCCGGGGCGCCCCUCGGACAGCUGCAUCCUUCUAGCACCAGGACGGAGGGGCCAUGCCAGGGGAACGGCCCCGAGGAGUGCCAGCCCCCACCAUGACAGGAGACCUGCAGCCCUGCCACGUUGCCAGCAGCCUGGGGUGCCCCUCCCAGGCCCCACUGGAGGACCAUAGCCCAGCCAGCAGGACUACCAAGGGUGCUAGGGAGGUUGGCCGCCAGGCCCAGGCCAUGGAGCUCCCUGAGGCCCAGCCGAGGCAGGCCAGGGAUGGGGAGCCCCAGCCCCCACCCCUGAGAGGCCAGGCCCUGAGCAGCACCCCCAGGAAGGGGGGCGGCCCCCAGACCCCACCAGGGAGGAGCCCCUUGCAGGCUUCCUCAAGACUGGUGGGCAAGGCAGCCGGCAGCCCCCCAAAGCACUAUAGUCUGAGCAUCACCAGCUCGAGAGCUAAGGCCACCCUGGAACAGAUGCCUGAGAACCCACCACUGGAGGCUGCCCAGCCCCCAGAGGUGGAGGCCCCCCAGGGCCCUGGGACGGGAGCUCCCCUCAGGCCAGGCCUCCCGAGGACCACGGCCCAGCCCACUGCUGAAGAGCUCGGCUUCCACAGUAGUUUUCAGGAGACACCCUCCAGCUUUACCUCCACCAACUAUACCUCACCAAGCGCCACCCCCAGGCCCCCAGCCACAGGGCCCCCCCAGAGCAGGGGCGCCAGCCCAAUCCAUCCCAGCCCCUAUCCUGAAUUGCAGGCCAGUGGGGCUGACUCCUGGCCUCCCGCUGCUGAGAAUAGCUUCCGAGGUGCUAAUUUCGGGGCUCCCCCUGCCGAGUCGGAGCCCAUUCCCACAGGCAGCAGGCCCGGCAGCAGCCCCACGGGGGCUUCCUUCCAGUUCCCCUUCCCAGCCCUGCACGGGGCUGGUGCUAACCCCUUCCCUGCGAACGUGGCCAGCCACACAUUCACUGACGGGCCGCUGGUGUUUGCCUUCCACCAGCCCCAGGGAGCAUGGCUGGAAGAGACCGUGGGAGCCGGCCCAGCCUACCCGCUGCCCACCCCGUCUGCACCCUCACCCCUCCCCUGCUACCAGGGCCAGCCAGGUGGCCUCAGCCCCCACAGCAACCUCAGCGGUGCCCUGUCUCCGCCCGGAGCUGCUCACUCAGCCCCGAGACCCUUCGACGGUUUGCACAAGAGCCUUACCAAAAUCCUUCCCGAAAGACCAUGUUCAGCCCAGGAUGGGCUGGGAAGCCCAAGGGAGCCCCCUGGCUCCCUGCCCCAGAGGCACUUUUCAGGGCAGGCAUACAGAGCCAGCCGGGUGGACACCAGCCCAGGGCCUCUGGACACUGAGCUGGUCACCCCAGGGCCACCACCCCCCAGGCUGCCCCAGCUGUGGGACCCCACAGCAGCCCCUUACCCCACAGCUGCCAAGGGCCCCCUGGCUGCCACCAGGAGUGCAUUCUUCAAUGGCCAGCCCGGCCCAGGCCAGCGGCUCUGCCUCCCCCAGAGUGCACCCUUGCCAUGGCCCCAGGUGCUCCCGACUGCUGGGCCAAGCCCCCACAGAAUGGAGAUGCCGAGCCGGCUACCUGUCCCUGCGGGGGCCCCUGAGUGGCAGGAGGACAGCCACAGAGCUCUGAGCAGUGCUGGGAAGACACCGGGACCCGAGGAGAAGCUGGCAGCUGUGAGAAGUGGCCAGGACACCUCCCCAGCACUGUUCACCUACAGUGGGCUUACAGACCCCGGAGCCCAGCCCCUGUUCUUCAGCAUGGCCCAGGCCCAGGUUCCACCUCACGGCACACCCAGGGUGGUGGGAGCGUCCCCCAGCGAGUCCCCACUGCCAUCACCAGCCACCAACACGGCCAGCAGCACCUGCUCUUCACUGUCACCGAUGUCCAACAGCCCAGCCAACCCCAGCUCAGAGGAGAGCCAGCUCCCUGGCCCACGCGGGCCCUCGGCCUUCUUCCACCCACCCACUCACCCCCAGGAGACGGGCAGCCCCUUCCCAUCCCCCGAGCCCCCCCACUCCCUCCCCACCCACUACCAGCCAGAGCCGGCCAAGGCCUUCCCUCUCCCUGCAGAUGGGCUGGGAGCUGAGGGUACCUUCCAGUGCCUGGAGGAGACCCCAUUCCCCCACGAGGGCCCCGAGGUGGGCCGGGGAGGGCUGCAGGGUUUCCCCCGCGUGCCGCCGCUGUGCCCCGCACACCACUUCUCCCUCAGUAGCGCCAGCCUGGACCAGCUGGACGUGCUGCUGACGUGCAGACAGUGUGACCGCAACUACAGCAGCCUGGCGGCCUUCCUGGCACACCGGCAGUUCUGCGGAGUGCUCCUGGCCAGGGCCAAGGAUGGCCACCCGCGUUCCCCGGGUCCUGCUGGGCUCUCCUCGCCCACCACGGCCCCCAGAGUCCCUGCCGACGCACAUCCCAGCAUGCUCAGCCACUCGAAGGCCUUCCUGCCAGCUGAGGAUGUCCAGGCCGAAGGCAAAGAUGACCCCCUGAGAACAGGCUUCUUACCCAGCCUGGCCGCCACCCCGUUCCCACUCCCUGCCUCGGACCUGGACAUGGAGGAUGAUGCCAAGCUGGACAGCCUCAUCACCGAGGCGCUCAACGGCAUGGAGUACCAGUCAGACAACCCCGAGAUCGACAGCAGCUUCAUCGACGUCUUCGCAGAUGAGGAGCCUUCUGGCCUUAGAGGUCCCAGCACUGGGCAGCCCCCUAAGACGAAGGCAGGCGUGACUCCGGAGAACAGAGCUCCACCCCCACUCCCAACGGCCACACCAGACCCUCAAGCUCCCCGCCCUGGGGACAGAGGCUGCCCAGCCCGAGGCAGGCCCAAAACGCGUUCUCUGGGUCUGGCCCCCACAGAGGUGGACGCGCCCAGCCAGGGCAGGCAGCAGAGGAGAGGGAAGCAGUUGAAGCUCUUCCAGAAGGAUCUGGACACCAGUACAGCAGAGGGGCUGGGUGUGGGCGGCAGAACUGCCCUGAGGCCCAGGAGGAGGAAGGGCAGUCAUGGGCAGCGGCCCCCACCCUGUCCCCGCGACCUGAGAACUCAGGACCCCGAGAGCCAUGCAGACCCCACCCCCCAGGUCCGGAGAGCCGCCACCCUCCCUGAGGAGACCAGGAGCUCCCCACGCCUCCGACUGCCCCCCAGGAAGGACUCCAGGAGGAGGAAGGCUGGGGAUGGCGCCUGGGGCAAGGAGCUCAUCCUGAAGAUCGUGCAGCAGAAGAACAAGCACUACCAGCGGCUGGGACGGCAGGUGGGCAGGCGGGGGUCCCUGGUGGCCCAGAGGCUCCAGCCCCGUGCUGAGGACCACAGGCUCCAGGAGUACAACUAUGCCUCCGAGUCCGAGGAGGACCAGCCUCCUCCGCAGCAGGGUCCUGGCUUCAGAGGCCGGAGGUGCCGAGGGGCGAAGAGGAAGGAAGUGGACUUGACCCAGGGUCCCAGAGAGGAUGGAGAGCGACAGAAACACGGGAAGGCAGUGAGGCAGGGAGCCGGCGGGGACAGAGCCCCCCACAACCCCGAGGAACCAGGCAGGCCGUGUCGGGACCCCAACAGGAGCUCCGAGGCCGACGGACCACUGCCAAACCUGGAGGCCGGAGUGGCUGCCAGGGAGACAGCCAAGUGUGCUGAUGGCCCCUCACUGGCCCCCAAGGAUCCCCUGCAGGUCCCCACCAACACCCAGACCCCCAAGGAAAACCGCCCACCACUGGACUUCCCCCAGGAAGCCAAGGAGCCUGAAAUUGUCAAAGGGUCACCCGUGGACACCACAGAACUUACAGAGGUUUUGAGUUCUUCUCCAGCCAGCUGUGCAGAAGGAAGCCCCAGCCUCCUGAUUCCAGAGCAGCCGCAGCCCAGCAGACAGGACACGGGCAGCCCCAAGCUAUCGGGAAGCCUCGCCAACAUGGUGCCCCACACCACCCUGGCGCCCCUCAGGGGUGCACCAGCGCCAGGCAUGGGCGGCCUGCUGGAUGGCCCUGGGUGCACAAAGGCCCCCAUCUCCCACAACAGAGAGGAACCCCCUGCCCGCCAUCCUGCAGAAUUUCUGGCACCCAUGGCUAACCCCUUGAGUACUGCCUGCCCCAAACCCGGCAUCCUGUCUUCAAAGGUCUCCGGUUUUGGCUGUGACCCUGCUGGUUUUAAUGGAGACCCCAUGGGGGUUCCAGUUGCCAAAAAGGGGCCUCAGUCCUAUGGCAGCCCCCACAGUGAGUUGUUCCUUGGACCUAAAGACCUGGCUGGCUGUUUCCUGGAAGACCUGCACCCCAAGCCCUCAGCCAUGGACGCCCCACCGGCCAGCAACUCCUGCCUUUGCCAGGAUGGCAAGGAUGCUGGCUCCCUCGAGCCACUGCUGCCUAAGAGCCUCCCCGGCACGGCCGAAACAGAUGCAGGCAGAGCCACAUCGCCACUGACCUUGGAGUCCACAUCCCUUUUUCCAGGACUGCCACUGGACAGAUUCAACCCACCCCUCUACGGCAGCCUGUCUGCAGACAGGGGCCCCCAGGUGCCGUUCACAUGUGCUGACCCUCCCCAGAAGCAGCCCCCAUCAGACCCACCGUUCCCCUCUUUUUUGCUGCUUGAAGAAGUACCCCCUAUGCUGCCCAACCAUUUUCCUGAUCCCUCAGGGGGAAAGGUGCUCAGUAAGACGUGUCCCCCUGAACAGACAGCAGCCCCCGGCACCUCAGCUUUGCCUGGGAAGGGUAGUGGAUGUAGUGCUGCUCUUAUGAGCCACCUGUCUGAGGACGAACUGGAGAUCCAGAAAUUGGUCACCGAAUUAGAAAGUCAACUGCAAAGGAGCAAAGACACACCUGGGGCCCCAAGAGAGCUCGGAGAAGCUGAGUCUGGGGGCAGGGUGGAGCCAGGCACAGGCACAGAGGCUGCCCACCUGCUGCCCACCUGCCAGACCACCAUGCCCCACAAGGACACACUCUCGGCAGCUGACCUCACGGUCACUGGGGAAUCCGCUGCACCUCGGGAGGGUGCAGGACCAGCUGUGGCCACCAUGGAAGGGGUUCAGCAAAAGCCCACGACGACAUGGCCCUGCCCAGCUUCCUUCCACCCAGGAGAAACAGCCCCUCUCCCCUGCGCCCAAGAAGACCUGGAUUCUGGGUCUCCUUUCAGCCCCACGGGAGCCAGCUUCCAUUUUCAGCUGGUGCAGAAAGCCAGAGUCUCCAAGACUGGACUCCACCAGGCAGAAGGAGACAACAGGGCCCCCCAACAAGUCUGCUUGCCUGAAGGGGACAGCGGGUCCCCCCAAGAUGUCUGCUUGCCUGGAGGGGACAGUGGGUCCCCCCAAGAUGUCUCCUUGCCUGGAGGGGACAGCGGGGCCCCCCAAGAUGUCUGCUUGCCUGAAGGGGACAGCAGGGCCCCUGAAGAUGUCUGCUUGCCUGGAGGGGACAGCGGGGCCCCACAAGAUGUCUGCUUGCCUGAAGGGGACAGCAGGGCCCCUGAAGAUGUCUGCUUGCCAGAGCCCCGCAAGCAGCCAGGGCCACCACUGGAUGCCAGGAGUUUAGCAAAGUACAGCCCUGACCAGGAGCUUUCAUUUCCUAAAAAUAAGGAGGUCAGCAGCUCACAAGAAAGUGAAGAUGCCCUUCGGCCACUUCCCUGUGAACAGAGAGGACGGCUUUUCCCAGGACCCGGCACCGCAGACGGGCCCUGCCCAGAGGCCCCCGCUCUGGAAGCCUUCUGCAGCCCUGCACUCCAUCUGGCCCCUGACUUGGCAUUUCAGGGUGAUGGGGCCUCACCACUGGAUGCCACCUGGCCUUCUGGUGCCAGUCAGAGCCAUGCCGCCCAGGGACAUUCUGCAGGCAGAGCAGGUGGGCGCCUCUACCCCGCAUCAGGGAGGCCUGGCUUUGAGGGUAAUGAGUUUGCACCGGCAGGGGCCUCCUCGAUGACCUCCCCCCAGGGCAGGAGGGCUUGGUUUGUCCCUGUGCCAAGUCCCACCUGUGUGUCUGACACACAUCUCAGCAGGAGGUCCCAGGACCCAGCCUCAAGCCCCCUACGUCAGCUCUCAAUCCUGGGGCCCGGAGCAGCUGAGAGUAAAGAUGGCACCCCGGCCUCUCAAGAUCCAACACCUGCUGCCCAGAGCCCUCUGAGAGGGAACCCCUCAGAUCUGGAAGGGGACACUGUGAAAGGGGAGAAGGUGGCCUGUGGCCCCGCCCUGGGCCCUCCAGAGGGUGUGGAGGUGACAACUCUCCCUACAGUGGCCGGAGAUCAGCUGGGGCUGGAGGCAGAUGGACAUCGAGGCUCUCUUGGCCAAGCUGAGAAAACCCAGGUCCAAGGCAGAGUCAGCUGGCCUCAGCCAGUGAACGGAGGGAGCCCAGGGGGGGCGGGUAACCUCUCCUCCGUCAAUACAGCACUGGCCAGGCCUGCCACGGGUGCAGUCCUGCUAGAGAAAUGCGAAGGGCUUAGGGCAGCCAUGAGCCUUCAGGGCGAGGCCCCGCACCCCCCAAGCCUCCCGCACCCUCCAAGCCUCCCGCCCCCGGAUAGGGAGUCCCUGGAGCUAGCCUUGACAGCAGCCCACACCCAAAAUGCACCUGAGGGCGGGGCUCUACAGAGGGCAUCCAGCCUGGGCCUGAACAAGCCGAUGUUCAGCACAGGGGAUAGUCCAGCACCCUCCAUCGGGGACCUGGCGGCCUGUGUCCCUUCACCCUCUUCUUCAGCCACCCCUACGCCCUGCAGCCUCAGGCCCCUGCCCCACGAAGACCCACCCACCUCUCCCUCCAGUGCCACUGGAGCCCAAGGUGGGCUGAGGGGGCAGCUGCCAACAUCUCCAUCCUGCAGGGACCCUCCCAGCCCCCAGCACCUGCCAGCCUAUUCUCCUACCCAGGCACCUCUGGAAGAGGCAGAUGCUAUCCCAGCCCACACAGAUACUGGGGCUGGGGAUCCCCCGGUGGCUCCCCUGCCUUUGACCACAAGCCUGUGUGAUCCUAAGGGAGCCCUGGCUCACUGCAUCCUCCAGGGGGAGGACAGCCUCCUGGAAGACCCUUCCUCCCGGUGUCCUGGCUCAAUCAGUGCCACAGUCUACACUCACGGCAGGGGCAGCCCCGAGGACAGCACUUUAAGAAUUCCAGAGGAUUCCAGAAAAGAGAAGCUGUGGGAGUCUCCUGGCCGAGCCACCUCUCCUCCCCUGGUGGGGGCUGUCUCCCCCACCAUGGCCCUGAGGGCUGCUGACCUGGCCAGCACUCUCACCAAAGAUGCGCCACAGGCAGGCAGAGGACCCCCAGGGCUGGAACCCCAAAGCAGGGGGGCCCCAUCCCACCCCAAUCCUGACAGGAUGCCCAGCGGCCUCUCAUAUUCUCCAAGUAACACUGCCCGCCUCAGCCAAAGGGAAGCCCACGCUGUCACAGCUGUGCCCACUGAGCCUCCCACGCCACCAGGUGCAGGGUUGGACUCCCCCACCUGCCUGGAAGAUGAGGCGGGGACCAGCAGCAAGGGGCCAGAGCACCCAGGGACCCCUGAGGCUGGGCAUUCUGGUGCUACCAAGGUGCCCAGUGUCACCUGCCCUUCCACAGGACUCUGCUUGGGCAUAACCACAGCUCCAAGCAGCGCAGCAAGUGACUUCCAGUCUGACUCCCCCAAAAGCCACAGAAAUGCCUCCCACCAGACUUCCCAGGAGGACCCCCUCGGUCCCCAAGACCUCAAACAGGGGCCUCGUGGCUAUAAAAAGAAGCCAGUGUCUACAGAGAACAGCCAGGCUGCGCUCGGGCCUGUGACCUGUGAGGUCUGCACAGCCUCCUUCCGCUCCCGGCCGGGCCUGAGCCGGCACAAGGCCAGGAAGCACCGGCCACACCCGGGAGCACCCCCACAGCCGAGCCCAGCGGCCCUGCCUGCUCACCAGCCUCCGGGGCCCCCAACCCAAAAGUGCCAGCCCCCCAGGAAGAAGAGCCGCAAGGCACCUGGGAAGGAGAGACCAAACCACUCGCGGGGGGACUCCAGCCACAUCGCCCCGGGCUUGAAGGAGGUUCUCAGGACACCCGGCUCCACGCACAGCCAGCAGCAGCGCCCCCCAAGCCCUGCUGAGCAUGGGGUGGAUGGGAAGGCUCCAGCCUCCAAGCCAAGACCAGGCCGGGUCGGGGAAGAGGAGCUCCAUCCCAAGCAGGCAGAGAGACGAGAAGGCCAGAGGCGGCGCAGAGAGCCCACAGGGGACUCCACCAGCCACUCAGAGGGGAAGUCAAGUCAGAAAGCAGGAAAGCUGAGAGGCAGAAGGCUCUGGGAGGAUGGCGCUUCUGCAGUCUCUCCUGAAGUGGUUUCAGAUGGGUGCGGCUCCCGACCAUCCCUCGCAACAGCCAGCGACGCAGCCCCCGCUAGCCACUGCCUCUCUGUGGAAGGACAGCCUGAGGCUGACAAGGAGCAGCCUCCUCGCUGGACCAUGCCUGGGCCUAGGGUGUUGGAGGUUGCUUCGGGGACUGACCUGGAGGCUCUGUGCGCAGGGGAGACUGGGGCCCAGAAGCUACCUGGAGAUCAGAUGCUUCGUCCAGGGAGGAUGGACGGUACAGCUCUCGGGGAACGGCCAGUUGGGCAGAAGGGAGCCUUGGCCAGGGGGCUCCAGAGACCGAGAGAGACCAAAGCAUUGGGUGUUUGCAGAGAGGCUGGGAGCACGCCGGCAGAGGACAGCAGCAGGGCCCACAGCGGGUCAGAGGAAGGCUUCUGGGAGGAGCUCGCGAGCCCCUUGGGUCCCCUGGGUUUUCCCGAGACUUCCAGCCCUCCAGUGGACAGCACCACUAGCGGCUGCCUCCAGGGCCUCCCGGAGAACCCAGACACCCAGGGUGGGGUCCAGGGGCCUGAGGGCCCCACUCCUGAAGCCCCCAGCUCCAGUGCCAAGGAUCCUCCAAGCUUGUUUGAUGAUGAGGUCUCCUUCUCCCAGCUCUUCCCUCCCGGCGGCCGCUUGACCCAAAAGAGGAACCCACGCGUCUACGGGAAGCGCUGUGAGAAGCCAGAGCGCCAGCUGCCCACCCAGCCCAGCAUGGAGGAGGGCCCCACACUCAGCCCAGCCUGCCUGCCCACGGACCUCAGCGACUCCGGCUCCCUCUGCCUCUGCCAUGAGGAUCCGUGGGAGGACGAGGACCCCGCAGGUCUGCCCGAGUCCUUCCUCCUGGAUGGGUUCCUCAGCAGCAGGUCGCCUGGCAUCGACCCCUGGGCCUCCGGCCUCAGCCUGUGGGCUCUGGAGCCUGGUGAGGAAGGCAGUGCAGAGAAGCUGCCCUCCCAUUACCCUGAGGACGAUCAGCCCGAGGCCAUUCCCAAACUGCACAUGGUCCCGGCAGCUUGGCGAGGCCUAGAGCUGCCAGCCCCUACGAGUGAUGCCUCCUCUUCUCUUGGAGACAUGAGCCCUGAGCCCCCCAGCCUGGAGAGAGAACGCUAUGAUGGUGGGCUGCCCGGGAAUGCCCACCUGCUGCCACUCCAGGCCGCGGACUUGGAGACACUGAGCUCCGAGUUUGAGAUGCAAGACCUGUGCUUUCUGGGACCCUCUGAAGACCCCGCAGGUCUCCCAACCACCAGCUUCUUAGACUUCGAGGCCACGGCGAGCUCCCCGGGGCCACAGAACGGAAGGACAGAGGCGGCCAUGGAGGCGGGGAGGGCCCAAGGCCGAGGGCGGCUGACCAAGGGCAAGCGGGCCUCCUACAAGUGCCGGGUGUGCUUCCAGCGCUUUCGCAGCCUGGGCGAGCUGGACCUGCACAAGCUGACCCACACACCCGCGCCACCGCCCACCUGCUACAUGUGCGUGGAGCGCAGGUUCGGCUCGCGGGAGCUGCUUCGAGGGCACCUGCAAGAGAGACACGCGCAGAGCAAGGCGGGGCCCUGGGCCUGUGGCAUGUGCCUGAAGGAGGUGGCUGACAUCUGGAUGUACAAUGAGCACCUGCGGGAGCACGCCGCCCGGUUCGCCCGCAAGGGGCAGGCGCGGAGGUCUCUGGGGGACCUGCCCAGAGGCCUGCAGGGCGGCAGCGCCAUUGCCCAGCUCCUGAGUGGCAUCAUGGAACCCACACCCAAACCCCACAGGGACAAGCACUCAGGCGGGAGCCCGGGAGACUCCUCAGGGCCGGAGGGAGAGGCCGGGAAAGAGAGCAGGAGCAAGAGGGCGAAACCCAGCUGGCACAGCGCCCCCAGCCACCCAGACAGGGCCGUGACACCAGACAGCGUCUCUGCCAACACCCUGGCCAACCUGGGCAGCCCUGCAGCCUGCGAGAAGCCCGCUCCGGCCUGCGGCUCGGCCCCUCUCCCAGGUCCCGCCAAGACCACCCCCAUCCCGUCGCCAGACUCCUGGGCCGGCGGGGAGCCCCUCCUGCAAGCCGUCCUGGUGCACGAGGCCUGCAAGGACCCCUCGCGGGACUGCCACCACUGCGGGAAGCGCUUCCCCAAGCCCUUCAAGCUGCAGCGCCACCUGGCGGUGCACAGCCCACAGCGCGUCUACCUGUGCCCCCGGUGCCCCCGGGUCUACUCCGAGCUCGGGGAGCUGCUGGUGCACCUGGGCGGGGUGCACAGGCUGCAGGAGCCACUGGAGGUGCAGCACACACCACUCUACGCCUGCGAGCUCUGCGCCACGGUCAUGCACAUCAUCAAGAAGUCCUUCGCCUGCAGCUCCUGCAACUACACCUUUGCCAAGAAGGAGCAGUUUGACCGCCACAUGGACAAGCACCCCCGGAGGGAGUGGCAGCCCUUUACAUUCCGCGGUGUGCGGAGGCCGGGAGCGCCAGGGCAGAAGUCCCUGGCCCUCGAAGGCACACUGCCCAGCAAACGGCGCAAGCUGGCUGUGCCCGGCAGUGCCCCCGGGCCCGAGGAGGACAGCCCCACCCUGAGCGAGCGGUCCCUCCCUGCCCUGCUCCAGCUCUGCCCGGAGGUGGCUGCCAGCACCACCAAGGGAUGGCCCGAGAUCCUAGAGAGGCCUGCAGACCCUGGGACCCUCCCGAUCAGGGUUUGGGAUCGGCCAUCUGACCACCAGGAGUGUCCCCCGCCAUCUCUGUCUCCCUACCCAGCUGCCUUGGCUGAGGGCAGAGGGGACUGCGAGCCAGACAGAGCCCUAGAGAGGCCAGAGGAUGAGGCUUCCGCAGGCAGCCCUGGGACUCUUCUCCAGCAAGCUCUUCCACUGGGGGCAUCUGUGCCACGGCCAGGAGCCAGAGACCAAGAUGCAGAGGGUAAGAGGGCUCCCCUCCUGUUCUCAGGGAAACGCAGGGCCCCAGCUGCCCGAGGUAGAGGUGCCCCUGACCAUUUCCAGCAAGAUCCUGCCCUGCUUCCAAAACAGAAGCAGGUGUCCUCAAGCCACAUGGCAUCUGAAGGGGGGCCUGGAGGCCCCUUCCACAAGGGCAGUGCCACCAAGCCUGGGGGCUGCCAGAGCUCAUCAAUGGACAGGUGGGCAGCAUCCACCCCCAGCAAAGCACCCAAGUUCCCAGUGCAUCCAAGGAAGGCGGUGGGGAGCCUGGCACCCGGGGAGCUGGCCUGUGACACAGAGAACGGGAUGAAGCCCGACACCCCCAAAGCCAAACCAGGCCCCAGCCCCCAGGGCAGUGGAAGCCCUCGCCCUGGCACCAAGACAGGUGGUGGCAGCCAGCCCCAGCCAGCCAGUGGGCAGCUCCAGAGUGAGACAGCCACUACCCCAGCCAAGCCUAGCUUCCCCAGCCAGAGCCCUGCACCAGACAGGCUCCUGCCUCAAGCCCAGGCCAAGAGCUGCACCAAGGGGCCAAGGGAAGCUGGUGAGCAGGGGCCCCACAGGAGCCAGGGUCCCAAGGAGAAGGGAGAAAGCAGCAUGAAGAGGAAGAAGGUCCAGGCCCCAGGGGCAGCCAGGACUGAGAGUGUGGGGAGCUUGGGGAGAGCCCCCUCGGCCCCUGACAAGCCCCUCCGGACCCCUCGGAAGCAGGCAACUCCCAGCCGUGUGCUCCCGGCCAAGCCCAAACUCAACAGCCAGAAGAAACCCAGGCCACCGCCCUCAGAGCAGCGGAAGGCAGAGCCGGGCCACGUGCACAGGAAGGACAGACUGGGCAAGGCCUUCCCCCAGGGGCGACCCCUGCUCAGGCCCCCCAGGAGGGGCAGAGCUGUCCACGGUGCUGAACCUGCAGAGCCGCACACCCGCCGGACCGCCGAGGCCCAGAGUGACCUCCUUAGCCAGCUCUUCGGGCAGAGACUAACUGGAUUCAAAAUCCCUUUAAAGAAAGAUGCUUCUGAGUAAUUUAUAGGAGCAAGAGCCUGGGAGCAGAGCUGGGGGCAGCCAGUUCACUCUGUGGCCACUUGACUUCGUGUGCCUUGAUGUCAGAGCUGAGGUUGUGACACUUUGAACAGGGCCCUGGGUGGCCCUUUCUUGCUGGAAGGCUGCGGGUGAAAGACGGGGCCACUGCAGCCCCUUUGAGACCACACAGCUGCUUUCUUGGUACCAACUACUUGAAGAGACAGCACCUUAUCCCCCCCACCCACAGCCUUGUGCCCUGUUGGCAAGGCACCUACACCAUAGAAGCCAAUAUCUGGAGAUUUGCACGGCCUCCCAUUCCCCAUACGAAGCAGGGAAGUAAGUCGAGGCAGCCAUGGGAUGACGGCAGGUUCCCUCCUAGUUUUGCUGCUGUUGCUGGAGUUCCAAGUGACCUUAGAAACCACGUGGGGGAGGCAGCGCUCACCACUUGGAAGAGCUGCUCCUGAGCCGCCUGGUCCCCCAAGAGCACAACAGGCCUCCUCCCUCUGACCACAGGGUCGUGCUGGCCUCUGUGCUGCCGGAGAAAAGCCCAUCUCUAGCACACCUUGACCCCGGGAACCAGGUUUCCAUUUGGAACCGGGAAGAAACAGCGCCUGUGCCAGCUCCCACAGGUCCUCCCGGUUCCCCGUCAGCCUCCAUGGCCGCCUUCUGGAGCCCACCUGCUGUACGGAGCUCUGGGCUCUGCCUCUCUGCAAUGUUACUCUGAAGUUUCUGGUGCUAUUUUGGUGUUGUAAUGUGAA